AUGGAUAAUUCAAACAUCUCUAAGAUUGAUACUUUGGAAGAAGAAGACCAAUCGCCACCUUCUCCAACUUCUACCGAUUUCGAGAUUAUUAGUAAUUACGAAGAUGAUAUAAUAAGCAUUUCAUCUAGUCAUGAAAAUUUUGAUGAAUCAUCCGAUGAAGAAUCAGAUUCUGAUGAUGAAAAUCCAGUCGAACUAUUAAAUGACUCGGAUUUUUUGUAUUCUGAUAGUGACGAUAACCAAACAAUAUACGAUGGUGACCUUCCUAGAAAAUCCACUUCAUCUGAACAACAAAGGUCGUCUGACUUUCUUUCCGAUUCAAAUUCGUUUGAUAAUGCUCUAUGCGAAUCUCACAAUCCUAAUGAUUGGUGUAGCAAAUGUCAUCCAAAUUGGCUUCAUAAUAUGGAUGAUUCCAAUAUUAAAAACCUUUCGAUUAGCCAAUUCUUGUUUAAUUGCCAGAAAAUAUCUCAUUGUUCAAGUUGUACUCCCACUUGGUUUAAUUUUAAAGGUGGGUUUGAACCGGUUAUGAAUAACGAUGGACUUCUUUUGGCGAAACCGGUUUUCUUGAAACCUGGUUCCAAAUCUCUUCCGGGAAUUAAAUUGAAUGUGGUAGCAUUGAAAAACAUUGGUUUAACUAGUUUUCGUGAUGAAAUUUACUUCUCAGAUUUAUCCAAGUGUAAAUCAUGUAUAUACGAAUCAGGUCACGUUCUUCCUUACUAUGGUGUGACUUUUCAUCCUGACAACCUUAGAUAUAUGAUUGUGAUGCCAUUUUUGCCAAAUCGCAAUUUUAGAGAAUAUUUGAAACAUCCUGAUAAUUUUAAAUCUUUUACUUGGUCACGCAGACUUAGUAUGUUACAUACCCUUGCAAAUGAGUUGGCGAAUUUACAUAAAUUAGGAAUAAUUCAUAAGAAUUUACAUCCAAAUAAUAUCUUGAUUGGCAAGGAUAUUGAAGAUCCGAUUAUCUCUGAUGUUGGUUUAAUGCCUCAAUUACCUUAUAAAAAUUCAUCUGACGAGAUGUGUUGGGAUGCAUAUCCUGAAAAUCGUCCUAGUAUGAGAGAAAUUGCUGGUAUUUUCAAUUAUUGGAGAAACAAUAUAACCAUUCCCGGCACUAAUUAUGGUAAUUAUUAUGCUAAUCAUUAUAGAACAAAUGAGCAUAAUAAUGUUUACAAAGAAUUCCAAAAAGCUGAUGAAUUUAGACAAGAUGAUUUUUCUUCUAUAACUAGAUUUAGUAAACUUCAUAUUGAUGCUAAAUAUUCUAGUAGCUUUCAUAACUUUAAGUUUCCUGAAUCAAUUGUUACCGGAAAUUUAUAUUCUCAUAAACAAUCAGUUCUGUCGGCUCCUAUUAGGCAACACAUAAUUCCUGAUACUGUUGCAUUAAAUGUGACUUAA